AUGGAGGGUAUUUUGAUCCGUACUGAGGCGAGGAUCAAAAAGGCGUUGGAGAAGAUCAAAGACAAUGCCGUCCAUAAGGAGGUCGAUACUGUCUUUAACCUCGCGAGAAGCGAGAGCAAAAAGGCUAUUCAGACCCCGAACCUCCCUCAGUCCAAGAAGGAGAAACUUCCUCAUGUUGCCGUUACGACCCUCCAUCCCGACAAGAUCUGCUCAACGUUCAGGCUCAGGGCAGGAGGAGGAAAGAGCGCUUUGGAGUGCACCAAGGAUGAGAUGCGCAAAGUACCGGAGCACCUAAAAAACAUUCUCGCUGAUUACGGAGUUGCGACGAGUGGCUCCCCUCCAAACGAAGCCCUAAUGCGGUGCAGGAUCGAUGCGAUCUUAUUAACAUGCCUGGCUGCGCAGAAAAGGGCGAGCUCCCGGGAUUCCGGCUCCUCGAUACUCUCAGUUCAUCUCCAGUGCGAAACGGACAUGCUACUGCCAUGGAGAUACGAGGGUGAGCAAAAGGUGGUGUCGGGCAUAACAGACUAUUCCCUGUGGUACAAAGCGCCAGAGGAGAUGGAGUCCAAUCUUCUGGUCAUCGAGGCCAAGAAGAAGGGGACCGCCGGGGACUACCAAGCAUUAGCCUAUAUGGCGAUGCUCCACCAUGCACGGAAGGCUGUAAACAAGAAGGACUGCACCAUCUAUGGUAUUGCCACCGACAGCUUCGCUUGGACUUUCCUAUAUCUCGAUAACGACGGAAGGUACAGCAGAAUUGCUUACUUUUGGGACAAUGGCGACCAGGAUGUCAUCGUGUCCACAAUCCACAAGAUCAUCCGCCGAGCCGCGUCUCUGUCCAAGGAAGAGCUCCAGCGGUCCGCUACCGCUACUGGCAAGGGCCAAGGGGUGAAGAGGACUCUCAGCGGACAUAGCAAGUUGGAGGGAUUUUCUUUCAGGGGAAAGAAUUAG